GGAGAAAUGCGAAGAGAUAUCAUGUGGAAGGAAAAUUUCCAUCCUUCUAUAAAAUAACACACUUUUCCUUUGAAUAUCUAUACAUUUAAGAACCAAAAUUUUGUGAAACAGAGAAAUGUGGUCAAGCAGUACAAGUCUCGUAUUCAAAGUUGAAAGAUGUGAACCAGAAUUCGUUGUUCCGGCGAAACAAACACCCCAUGAGUAUAAACAACUUUCUGAUAUUGAUGACCAAGAAAGUUUAAGAUUUCAACAACCGUUAAUACAAUUCUAUGAAUAUGAUCCAAGCAUGGAGGGGAGAGACCCAGUGAAGGUGAUAAAAGAGGCAGUUUCAAAGACAUUGGUUUUUUACUAUCCUUUUGCUGGCAGACUUAGAGAAGGGUUUGGUAAGAAGCUGUUUGUAGAGUGCACAGGUGAAGGAAUCUUGUUCAUUGAGGCAAACGCAGAUGUAAGUCUACACCAGUUUCAAGAUUCUUCUUCUCUUCAACCUCCAUUUCCAUGCAUGGAUCAACUUCUUUAUCAUGUUCCAAAUUCUGAUGGGAUUCUUGAUUCCCCUUUAUUGCUCAUCCAGGUGACCCGACUCAAAUGCGAUGGUUUUAUCUUUGCGAUGCGUUUUAAUCAUACAAUGUGUGAUGCCUAUGGUAUUGCCCAAUUCAUGACAGCCAUAGUCGAAAUGGCUUAUGGGGCUCACGCUCCAUCUAUUCUUCCAGUAUGGGAAAGGGCUCUCUUAAAUUCGAGGGAUCCUCCAUUAAUCACUUACCUACACCAUGAAUAUGAUCAAGUUGGAGACACCAACGCCACCAAAAUUUCCCUCAACGACAUUACUUAUCGCUCCUUCUUCUUUGGCUCAAUUGAAAUAUCCACCAUUCGCAAAACCUUACCUAUUCACCUUCGCCAUUGCUCCUCCUUUGAGCUCCUCUCUGCCUACAUUUGGCGCCUCCGUACCAUAUCUCUUCAACUUAGCCCAAAUGAGGAAGUGCGUUUUCUUUGUCUCGUGAAUCUACGCUUCAAGUUAAACUCUUUGCCAUCUGGAUACUAUGGCAAUGCAUUUGCGUUUCCUGCCGCACUUACCACAGCUGGAAAACUUUGCCAAAAUCCCCUAGCUUAUGCUAUAGAAUUGGUUAAGAAAGCCAAGUCAGAAAUGACAGAGGAAUACAUUAAAUCUGUGGCAGAUCUUAUGGUGAUCAAAGGACGACCUCAUUGCACUGCAAUUGGGUCGUUUCUUGUGUCAGAUUUGAGAAAAAUUGGGUUGGGAGAGGUGGACUUUGGAUGGGGAAAGGCCAUUUAUGGUGGACCUGCAAUUGGAGGAGUUGGAAUGGUCCCUGAUUUCGUAAACUUCUUUAUACCAUUCAAUAAUAGAGAAGGAGAGAAAGGAAUAUUGGUGCCUAUUUGCUUGCCUUCUCUAGCCAUGAAAAGAUUUGUGAUUGAACUUGAUGCCAAUCGGAGUUGAAAAUCAUGAACUAAUUACAAAUAUCAAAUCUGCGCUGUAAUAGAACAAAAGAUGAGUAUAUUUUGUAUUCAAUAUUUUACAAACAAGUCUUAGUUUAUAAAAAGUUUAUGUUUGAAAUUUAAAUAAUAAUAUCUGAAAUAAAUUAUAAAUAAGAUGUUGUGAUAUAUAUUGUAUCAACUUUCGAUUAUGUUCCUUCUAUCAAUUUCUAUUAUAGAUUCAAAUUUAUACCUUUAAGCUUUA